GUGAGGACGGAACAGGAGCCGUCGUUAAGGGAAAGCCCAGCGGCAGCCUUACUUUUCAGCAGUCCCGCCGGCAAAGCGCGCCUGAGUAAGGGUCACCCGACCCUGCGGCUCUAGGCCAAGCGACGGGCGUUGGAUCCUACGUGCAGAAGCCCAGGUCCUUCUUGAACUGGAUUGCUGAACAGAAUUGUCUUCACUUGAAGCUAUUUCCAGAAACCCAGUCAUUGGAACCUAAAGAGGCACAUGCAGUCUUUAGAUUUAGUUUGAUUUUGCACACUUCCCUUGAAUGCUUGAUUUUGCCCAGCAUAAUUUCUCUGGACACCUUUUCCUCAGCUACCAGACCCAACACAUGGCACAGUACUUUAUGGAGAGCCUCCAGAUACUGUACAGGGACCUUUGUUCAGAAAACUCACGGGACUGCAAUCCUUUCAUAAUGAACAUGCUCGCAAAAGUGGAUGAAGAUAUUAAAAACGGACAAGAGGAAGGAAUCACAUUACACAUUGGUGGUAACAAUCGCUUAGUCCCAGUACAAAGAAUAACAGGUGAAGAUUUUUGGAUUCUUUCCAAACUUUUAAGGAACCAGUCACGGAUCAAUGGUGUGGAUGUGAGGUAUAACCUCAUAAGCGAUGUUGGUGCCUACUAUGCUGCAAAACUGCUUCAGAAACAACCGAUUAUCACUUACUUAAACCUUAUGUUUAAUGAUAUUGGACCAGAAGGUGGAGAAAUUAUUGCUAAUGCGCUACAUAAAAACAAAACUCUCAAAUACUUGAGAAUGACUGGAAAUAAGAUUGAAAAUAAAGGUGGCAUGAUUUUUGCUUCAAUGCUGCAAAUUAACACAUCCCUGGAGAAACUGGAUGUGGGUGACUGUGACCUGGGACUGCAAAGUGUGAUAGCAUUUGCUACAGUACUAACUCAAAACAGAAAAAUCAAGGGAAUAAACCUGAACCGGCCUAUACUGUAUGGAGAACAGGAAGAGUCUACAGUCCACAUAGGCCAAAUGUUGAAACAAAAUCAUGUCCUUAUUGAACUACAUUUAUGUAAACACGGUAUGAAAAACUUUGGUAUACAACAACUAUGCAAUGCACUGUAUCUGAACCGUAGCCUACGCUACCUUGAUGUCAGCUGCAAUAAAAUAACUCGUGAUGGAAUGGUGUAUUUGGCUGAUGUUCUGAAACACAACAGUACUCUGGAAGUAAUAGAUCUUUCUUUUAACAGAAUAGAAAACACAGGCGCAAACUACCUCAGUGAAACUCUAACUUCCCACAACAGGAGUCUUAAAGCAUUAUCUGUAGUCAGCAACAAGAUAGAGGGAGAAGGGCUCGUUGCACUUGCACGAUCAAUGAAAACAAAUCCCGUAUUAACUAGGAUCUACAUUUGGGGAAACAAAUUCGAUGAGGCUACGUGUGUGGCAUAUUCAGAUUUGAUAAGGAAUGGCCGGCUAUGGCCAAAUAAUACAGAUGUGGAGCCGUAUUUGGUGGAUCAGCGUGUUUACCUUGCAGAGGUCUCCAAUGGCCUUAAGCGGCAUUAUUAUUGGACACCGACUUACGGAGACCCUUACAAAGAAUCAUCCUCUGCAGGCUAUGCCCUUGUUCCUGUUGGCAAGCAUCUAUAAGAAACAAACUUGAAAACAGGUUUCUCUUAUCAUUUUUAGAGUAGUCUACUUUUUCUUUUAUAAAUUAGAGCAAGUUAUUUUUAUCAAAUUUGUAAAACUUUGUGUACUUGCCCACUGUUGAGAAAAAAAAAUGAUUCUUAAUAUAGAGACUAAAAUAUCAACCAUGAAGAAACCACGGAACUAUAGUAAUUCUUUUUAUAAUGAAAAACAAACACAAAAAAACAAAGACAGUAAAACAAUAAGGAAAGGUCACUACAGACAUUUAACCAAAGUUAUGGCAGAAAUGAUGCAGCUGGAAAAUUCUCUGUGGAUUUUAAGAGAUUUCAAAGCUCAGAAUCUCAAAAAGUAUUCCAUGUAGACUUUUAGGCAUUACUUACAAAUGUUAACAAUUUCACAAAAACAAGAAAAUAAAGCUUCUUUGCACAGACAAUGACUAUUACAUAGCCUUUCUGUGCCUUGCUCUUAUCCAUCCAAUAUUAAUGCAAUUCACUCAUGUUAUUCAGUGUAGCUGUAGUCCAUUUUCCAUGGCCUUGAAGAAUUGUUCCACCAUAUGCUGGGUAAGAAUCUACAGGAAUCUGGAAAGAGACAGCCUUCCAGGAUUAGACAUUCAAAUAUCCCUUAGCAAUACAGUUUGCUUUCUGUGGUCUCAGUCUACUCCUAUGUGCUACAGCAGGGCCAGAAGUUCAUUUAUUCUUCCAAGGGAGAUGAAGAAGAUGG